AUGGCUGACGAAACAGGAAGGAUUCCCUCAAGCGGAGCCGAAUCUCAACAGAAUCAAGUCCAGCAACGGCAGCAACAACAGGUGGAGCAGCAGCGCGAUCAGCUGGCGUCAGGUGCUGCGAUGAUGGCUGACGUGGCAGCUGGUGACGAUGGCGACGGGAGCGACGGCGAGGGCUCAGGAGGCGAGGAUGCGCACGCGGGAGUGAUGUUUCCGCGAGCCAACACCAACGCCAAGGGACAAUGGACGCCGGAGGAGGACGAGCUGCUGCGGAAACUGGUGGAGAAGGACGGAGCCCAGCGGUGGUCCGCCAUUGCGGCGCACCUCAAGGGGCGCGCGGGGAAGCAGUGCCGCGAGCGGUGGCACAACCACCUGAAGCACGGCAUCAAGAAGGACGCGUGGACGGAGGAGGAGGAGGCGAAGCUGGUGGAGGCGCACAGGAAGCUGGGGAACCGGUGGGCGGAAAUUGCCAAGCUGCUGCCGGGGCGGACGGACAACAGCGUGAAGAACCACUGGAACUCCACCAUCCGCCGCAAGGAGGAAUCGUCUCGCAGCAAGGCAGUGCAGCGCCCCACACUGCUCCUGAGGUACAUCCAGUCGCUCAAGACCCAGGGGGGGCUGGGGGGCGCAGGAGGCAGCUCUGGCGCGGGGGCCAGGGCAGGGGGAGGGGGGGGGAUGGGGAUCAGCCUGGGGGAGCUGAUGCAGGGGCUCGUGAAGGGGGAACCCGCGUCCCCCUCCGCCUCUGCAGGCCUGGGUGGGUUAGCCUUCCGCGUGGGUCAAGGAGCGCCUUUUAGAACCGCCGUGCCCCGCUCUGUCUCCCAGCCAAACAGCCACGCAGCAUCAGCAGGAGGGGGAGGGGGGGGGGGGGGAGGGGGAGGGGGAGGAGGAGGCGGAGCAGCAGUCUUCCCUGGGGCAUUCAGCUCAGCGCAAAGCGCAGCAGGAGCAGGCAGAGCAGCAGGGGCAGCAGGAGGAGCAGCAGCGGGAGCAGGGGCGGCAGCAGCUUUCCCCCGCAACCCCUCAUGGCCUCCCGCAGGAAGCUCUGUUUCCGAUGGGGGGAGCUCCGGCGGUGAGGGAGAGGGGCACGAGCAGAAAGCAGGGGUGCGGCAGUCGGGAGGAGGCGGCUUCACCACUGGUGCAGCAGCAGGGGGGAUGGGGGGGAUGAGGGCAGGGGGAAUGGGGUCCGAGGGAAUGGGCGCAGGGGAGAUGGGGCCAGGGGGGAUGGGGGCGGCUGGGUUCAUGCGCUCAUCCUCUCUUUCCAGGGCAGAGUCCCGGGCGCGCCAGCACAGCCGUGGAUCGUUUCUCGGCGCGCGAUCCGGGCUGUUGGAUGCGGCCCGGGGCGGCGAUCGACGGUCGGAGUUGGACCGGGCAGCAGCAGAGUUCCAGAAGGAGAUUGCCAGGGCGUUGCUGGCGCCUGUUUCCGCCUCUGGGUCGGAGGAUGGGGGCCGUGGGGGAUGGGGUCGGAGGGGAGGGGACAUGGGCGCAGCAGGGGGAGUAGGGGGAGCAGGGGGAGCGGGGAGAGCAGGGGGAGCAGGGGGGGCAGCAGGGGGAACAGCAGGGGGGGCGGGAGCAGGUGGGGGAGCAGCAGGAUCUGAGGUUGCGAGUGUUCUGACUGCCGACCAGCUCGCCCUGCUGCUCAAGGUGAGUGAGGCGUAUGAGAUGGGCGACUGGGGCGCAUAG